ACGCAUGCCUUCUGACGUUUCAGUAGUAGGCCGCGCGAGCUUCUGCCGUGAACGUCGUUUUUGAACGUGCUUGUUUUCCUUCCCAUCAUUUUCCAUGUCACCCGCUUGUUUUAUUUCCCCUCGACAAAUAUUCUCGCGCGUGAUUUCAUUCGUGGCUGUACAACGCGAAUGAGCCGUCUAUGCAAACGUGUCCGAAGAAAUUCACGUGCUCAUGUAAAUGCAACUGUGCGGAAUUAUGUAUUGUCCGCGAACGACUCGGCUGGUUUGUAACUCGGUGGCUUAUAAUAUUUAACACGUUCGCGUUGUUAAUAACCGAAUAAAGGGCGUGAGUGAGAAGAAGAAGAUGAAGAAGAAAUCCCGGAACUAGGUUUGACGGUCAAGUGAGACACGAGAUUCUUGUGAUCGGAUAGUGACGAUUGAGAUGUGAUAGAAGAUAGACGCGUCGGUAUCUAAGUAAUAUGCACUUGCAAACGUCGGGAGAAUGUUCGUUAAAGAAGGCUCCUAGAAAGAGAACGUCGCAAACGGAGAAGAGUUACUUCGCGGAGACGGUCGCCUCCUCAAUGAUGAAGAUAAAAGGCAAUAGUGAAACUUGAGGUAGGUAGGCGAUAUCGGGCGUGGUAAGGAUGAACUCGCGGCCGUGGGUAAGACGGAGAUGACCACUAGAUCCGUGCCUCGUCCUGAAGACGAAGACGAGGAGGACGAGGAAGAAGAGGAAGAAGAAGAAGAAGAGGAGGAGGAGGAGGAGGAAGUCGACAAGGAGACUCGUCCGAGUCUACGAUAUCACUGCCACUGAUAUCCACUCUCUCGUCGCAUCGAUGCCGACCCCCGCGUCCAUUGACAGAGGUAUGGGGAGCGUCGUAGGCAGCAACGUAACCGCGGACUCGACGACGUUCCUGCCGGAUGCGACGUCGACCCUCAGCGAACGAGAGCAACUGAAAAUUGAAUUCUACAAGACGUACGACGUGAUGACCGGGGUCAGAAUCGCGGCGACUCUCGGUGGUUUUUUCGGUCUCAUGAUCCUCCUGCUUGUUUAUAAAAGCAGGUGUAAAUCGAGCAAGCAGUUGGAUGAUCCGAGACUGACCGCAGCAGCGGCUGCGGCGGUGGCUGAAGCAGAGGCCGAGGAAAGAGCUCUCGCAGCCCACCUCGAAGCAAUCGCCAGAUUACCCCCCAGGCCGGAUCGGGGUCCCAGAAGAUCCCUUUGCGUUGAGGUGACUCAAUCUCAUUUGCCAAGAAUCGGGCCGCGAUUCGCGUCGGUCGGGGGUGGCUACGAGGCUCUCUUAACUCCGCCGAUGAAGCACCCGAGGCUGAUGCUUCCGGAGGAACAAAGGAGAUGCAGUUCGGUAACGUGUAGCAGCACCGGGAGCAGUUAUCUCGAGAGGAGAGGGUCCGCAAUGCCAGUACCGUGUUUGCCGCUUCAUCCUACAUACUCGACGAAACACUCUGCCCACGACGAACCCUGGGACCUUUAUUACCCCAUCGACAUUCAGGUAAUCCAACCAACGCCAGAGCUUUCUCCAUGCACGAGCGAGGCAGGUCUGUACGCGAACGAGAUAAUGAUCACGGGUACUUCCGGUAAAAGAGCACCGUUGGCUUCCAUGGGUAGCGUCGAUCCCCCGGAACCAGACUCAAGGUCGCUGGGUUCCGACUCGGUCUUCCUGAGGAGCACUGAGCAGGACGAGUGCCUCGACACGGAGGACGAGGUAUCCGGUUUCUCGACCGACUCCGAGGCACCCGGGCCGAGCUGUCGACAGUUCCUUCGAGUACCCAAGAAGAGGAAGAAAAUAGUCGAGAAAUGGGAUGGUUGCGCUGGAUGCGUUCCUAGACGACGGCCUGGAGGCAAACCUUGUCAAACUUGCCAUAGCAUCAGCGCGGCCGUUGAAACUUCUAGGUCUCGAGCAGUCUCAAUGAGUACCAGUAGCCAAAGCAGCCACACCUCUCCACCCUGUUCGCCAUCCAUCGAGCUUAGGCAUAGGCCACCCCCGUCUCCUUUACCAUCGAGUCCACCCGUCUGGUCGCAGGAGACGCUCUUUUAGUUCUCGGAGGAUUGUCAAAAGUAGAACGAGCAGUAAUCGCACAAAAGUAUUCCUUCCGCGGGAGCACGUGAAAACUAGGAACGAUCGGGUGACUUCACAAAAAGGAGAAUCAAAAGCCCGGAAAUCUUGAUGCUAUUAACUCGGACAAAAGGGAACUGUAGUAAGAAGAAAGAGAACGGCCGUGGGUUAGAAAGAAACGGAAUUACGUGAUGGAAAAUUUGCAAAAUGACUUUAAAAAAAAGUGAGAAAAGAAGAACGAUAUUUUGAAAGGGCGGAAGAUCUUGGAGAUGAACAGACUUCGUCGGAAAAAGUCGCGAGCAUUAAGGGAAAGGAGAACGCUAUAAAAAUGUCUAAAAAAUUGUAAUUAGGUGUAGAAUUAAUAAAGGAUAUACAAGUAUCGAAACGUUAACGAAAGGCAGGGGAAGGGUUGCAAGGAAACUAAUAAGACCAGUGUUUGCGAGAACGAAGUAAUGUUACGCAGUAAGUGGGUCAAUAAGAAAAGGUGAUGGCCAACUUUGUAUAGUAACGUCUAAGAGAAAAUGAGAAGCGAAAUAAAAACUAACAGACUAAUUAAUCGUUAAACGAAUUGUUGUAAAAAAAAGAGGAAAAUGGUAGAGUACUAUAGACAUGUAACAUUGUAAAUAACAAACAAAAAAAGAGAAAAAAUUCGGACUCCCUUUUUUCAUAUUCGAAAAAGAGAGGAGGAGCGAAUGCAAAAGAUGUUACGUUUGUAUCGCGUUAGAGAGAAUAAAAUCAAAAGUUUUCAUUUAAAAAAAAAAAAAAGACGUUGAACUAGUUGUGUGUGUAAACCAAAGGAAAAAAUAUACAUGAAACAGUACUUCGACUACUCGUUGUGAUUAACUUCUGAUUUCGUUUCUUUUAAUGUUCAUCUAUGUAUAUGUACGUACGAUACGCGUAAUCAUAAAGGAUAAAAGUUGGAUUAACCGUGUCGGAAAAUUUGAGGGGAAUAUAUUCUGUACGAAGUUUAUCAAUCUUUCCGUUUCCGAAGAAAUAUUUUUUUACAAAUAAAAUUAUUUUAAUUAGGAAAUGUGUUCACUCGAUAGAGAUUGAUUUAUUAUUAUAUUGCGUACGUUUAUUAAUCGAAUACAUUUGUUAAUAAAAGCUGAAAAUAGUUUCACCUUCUUUCAUUCGAUUGAAAUUCCGGAAUUAUUUUAUCUUAUUAAUAUCCACCGAUUAUUAUUAACAUCUUUCGUUUCGUGCUUGCUUAGUUGAUUAAUUAAUGACGCUUUGAUGACUGCCAAUUAAGAAGCAGAAAUCCUUCAUGCGCGUAUGCGAGCAUGUAUGAAUGUAUAUACAUAUGUAUGUACGCGUGUUAUAUACGUAUAUGAACGUACGCAUGCAGUCAUGUAUAGAAAACUAGAAGAGUCGAAGCCAAAUAUAAUUAAUAGUGUUGUUUCCAUUAAUCGAGCCGCGUGUAUCACCUCUGGCAGAAGAUAUAUAUUUUUUUAUUUUAUUCCUAUUUAUAAUACUGUUAUCUUUGUUUGUAUAAUUUAAGUUAUACUGAUUAUUUCUUCGGUUAAUCAAUAGGAAGCAUUUAUCAUGUGUUAUUACGUUAAGACUAACAAGACCUAAUUGAGUUUCUCGUUCAUGUCUUUAUUAAAAAAGAAAGAUCAAUGUAAACCCGACUAUACGUUUAACGAUUAUGUUACAACGCGAAAUUUCCGUCGGUGCCUUUCCGCCGGAUCUUCUUCCAUUAUCAUUUAGAUAAUAUACACAGCAUCGCAAGAGAUGAGAAUCAGGCCGAAUGAAAAAGCGAUAACGAUUGAAUUAACCAUUCGGUUUAAUGAACAGUAGUCAUAGUGAUGACAAUCAUAAUCAUAAUCGUGAUUAUACUUGUCGCUGCGUAAUUAUUAUACCGAGGAGAGAGAAAUUAUUUAAGGCAACAAAUGUAAAGGGAAACGAACCAGAUUUAUUGCCUAACGAGAAAAAGAAAACAGAAAGCGAUUAUUAUAACGACAGUGUCUAAAGAUUGGAAAUAAGAGAUGUAAAACUAAAAAGGUAACAAAGAGGGUGCGUCUAAAUUAGAGAUGAAAAAGCGAGGAAAGAACGAGGGAUAAACGGAGAUUAAAAUGCAACGGAGUGACUAUAAUGACGAUCAUGAUCACGAGAUAAAAAAACGGUCUGUCAUUCUUUCGUAUUGUUUUUAAACAACAAAUCUUUCCUGAUGUACGAACAAUAAAACUUUCACCGUUUCCUACUAUCAUUUUCUUUCGUCACUUCCUCGCGUAUGGAUUUUCUUCUCCGAUGGCAAUAAUUUCGACGUACAAAGCAGAGUUCGAUUCAAACACCUAUGAUUCGACUUAAUUUACUUAUACGGAAAGGUCUGAAGCGGUCAAACUCCGAUUUUAAUCAAAGGCAGGCUUCGAAAACGUCUGUCCGGAGUUCGAUCGUUCAAAACCAUUUCCUUGUCAGAAGAAUCGGUUCUAUCGUCUCUUAACUUUCUUCUUUCUUCGCUGAGUUUCAAUGCAGCGGAUAAGCAAGAGUUAAUAGAAAUCAUUUUCGUUUAUAUGAAAACAGUAGUAUUUACGAGUCGAUCUUCGUUGAAGAUUUUUUAUAUGCGUUUUCCCAGGUACGAGUGAUUUUUAACAAUAAUAAUAACGAAAGUAAUGAUUAUUCUUUCUACUGUUGUGUCUGUGUCUAAACUUCCGAGGAGCAUUUUACAAUGGGAGUGUGUACUCGACUAAACGCUGUUUAUAACAAUAAUCUUUCCCUACCCGAUACAACUCCACUUUUGCAAUGAACGAGCAAGUAGCGAAAUACUCAUUUCCUUCACCACCGCGUCUCUAUAUUUUUUCAGAUACCAAAUAAAAUGUACAUGUUGAACAUAAAACGUUGAAGUAAAAUA